CUUUGAACAAUGUGACAUUUCCUCAUUAUGACUCUAAAGGGAGGGCAGCUGCAGAGACUUUCCUCCACGGUCCUGUCAAGAGAAAAGGAACAUGGCUGAUGGUGAAAAGCAGAGCGGUGGCGACACUGUGGAUGCCUUAAAGUUGUUUUCAAAGAGGUCGGAUGGAGCGGCCACAGGCAGCAAUAAGACGUAUGAUGAAGUGGACUCUACCCCCAGCAGUAAAGGCAGUACAACUGCAGGCUCAGACCUCUACCGCUACAAGAUGGACUAUCCCAGCAUUGGAACCUGUGUGAUCAUCAACAAUAAGAACUUCGACAAGAUGAGUGAGCGUAAAGGGACGGAUGCCGAUGCUGCCUUUGCAAAGAACUUCUCUGAGCUGGGUUAUAAAGUCAGAGUGGCCAAUGACCAGACUAUGUGGCAGAUGAAAAAUCUUCUGACGAGCGUAUCUGAGGAGGACCACCGUAGUAGUGCAUCGUUUGUGUGUGUGUUGCUGAGUUAUGGAGACGAGGGGGUGAUUUAUGGCACAGACGGCUGUGUGAAGUUGGAGAAGCUGACGAGAAACUUUAAAGGAGAUGGCUGCAGAAGUCUCCUUGGCAAACCGAAGCUCUUCUUCAUACAGGCGGCUCGUGGUUCAGCCCUGGAUGACGGAGCCAUGAAGGAGUUCGACAGUGUAGAUGGGCAAACAUCAGAGAGGAUUCCUGUGGAGGCAGAUUUCCUGUACGAUUCCACUGCUCCAGGUUACACCUCAUGGAGAAACACAUCCAACGGCUCCUGGUUCAUUCAGUCGUUGUGUGAGAUGUUGGUGCAAUACAAGGGAGAGCUGGAGCUGAUGCAGAUCAUGACACGAGUCAGCCGCAAGGUGGCACUACACUUUGAGUCUUUCUCCAACCUACCUGGAUUUAGCAGCAAGAAGCAGAUCCCCUGUAUUGUCUCGAUGUUGACCAAAGACUUCUACUUUCCUCAAUAGAAUGAAAUACUCUUCUUGUUUAUCCUGUAGGAAAUAGAGUCAAAUGGGACUUUGCUGGAAUUACACAUUACUCUUUCAUCUAUUUUACUGUCAAAGAUAUUUGCACAAAAGAUUUGUGGUGCACUGUGUGGGCCUGUUCAAACAAGAUAACACUAGUUUUAGUUUUUGUAAUGUCACUGCAAGCAGAACCCGAAUGCACCAACAGCAUGAGGAUAAAAGGGAACAUGUUAGUUUGGUUAUUGUUAAAUCUGGAUCAUAUUUCUUUUCGAAUUUUUGUCCUUUUGUAUUUUCUAUGUGCAGUGUGUUUUUAUGCUGGUAAAAAUAAAGGGUUUCACA